AUGCUGAUUAUGUCGGACGUAGUCAACAACGGAAAGAAUGCGCUUUUGCAAACCGCUGCAAACAUCGAGCAAGCGGCUGCCUAUUGUAGCAGUAAUUAUCUCAACUCCCACAAUCAGAAAGAUGCCAUUGGUGAAACCAUGAAUUACGCCACCCAAUCCCUGGGGACAAUGAUUCAUCAGCUCAGCCACUUGGCAACUACAUUCUUAAAGGUGCUCGAUGAGAAGGUUGAUAAUCUUGCCAGUAUUGAAGACAAGGUCAGCAAACUGGGAAUGGAAUUAAAAAUUCGUCAGGAGAAAGUUGCCCGGAAAGCUAUCGGUUCAUGCACGGUCUCCAAAGUCCCCGUGAAGUACGCGAAUUCUAAGAUGCGACAAGAACCACCGGCCGAUUUCGUCCGACGUCCAAUCGACUACACCGCCCUGGACCACAUUGGCCACGGGUUUAAGUCGCAGGUGAGUUCUCGUUCACUUUAUCUUUGCCAAGAUUAG